AUGUCUUACAACAAGACUUAUGGGGGGCAAUUUAUGGGACUUAGUCCCAUUGCAAAUGAAAAUGUUCAAAAAAAAGUAAUCAACAAAAAAGUAGAAAAAAAAGAAAAUAAAGUUGCUGAAAAAGUAAUUUUCUCAUUAUCAGAUUUAAGAGGAAUAAAUGUACCUGAAUUGCAAAAUGGUGAAAUUUUUUUUUUUUGUACGGUUAUAUUUGAUAAUGAUGAUGUAAAAUUGUCCAUGGAAAAGUCAAAUCACAAUUCAUCAUUGGUUAUAGGAAAAUAUUUACUCUCAUCUUAUUGUCUUACUUUUAGCGAAGAAAUUGUUUUAUAUAUCCCAAAAGAAUCUAAUUUUGCGAGAUGCUAUGUAUCUUGUAUUACAGUUACAGAAUCCGAUGGAAAAAGAAAUAUCAAACUUGAAGGAAUAGGAUAUACAGAUCCGUUCCCAAUUAAGGAAUGCAAAGUAUAUGCUUAUGCAAACUGCAAGCUAAACACAGCAGUUGGAGCAACGGAAACACAAGGAACUUUAAAAAUGUGUGUUAAAUGCGUUGAAAGUACUCAUCCUUCUUUAGUUAAACCAUCAAAGCCAUACAAUGCUAUUGAGGAAAUAAAACAAAGAUAUGAAAAUUAA